AAUAGCAACACAACACCAGCACGAGAGAUGGCUCAGGAGGAGUUGGUAGAAAACCGGGUGCUAAAAGACGCACCCCAAACUUUUAAAGCGGACAUCUGGCAACAUUUCGGAUUCUACGAAGUUGAUGGGAAACUGGACAAGACUCACGCGGUGUGUAAAACAUGCCACGCUAAAAUUAAACAUGUCGGUAAUACAACGAACUAUAAGAACCACGUUGAUCGUUGGCAUCCCGAGUUGAAUUCAAAAGCAAAAACAGUUGAGCCAUCCCAGCUAAAAAUAUACGAGUCGCUCACGUCAGUGUUGUCUCCCACAUCAGAGAGAGCAAAGAGGAUCACGCGAGCAGUGGGGUGUUUCAUAGCGAAAGAUCUACGACCCUAUUCAGUCGUAGAAUGUAAAGGGUUUCGCCAUAUGAUUAAAACGCUGGAGCCCCGGUACACUCUGCCGACAAGAGCUACGUUCACUGAUACUGUAGUUCCCACACUGUACAAAGAAACCAAAGCAAAGGUAAUGGAAUCAUUGAGCAAAGCUAGUCAUGUAGCCAUUACAAGUGAUGCCUGGACUUCUGUCGCGACAGAGUCCUAUGUAACUAUAACUGCACAUUGUAUUAGUGAAGAUUGGCAGAUUGUAGGAUAUGUGCUGCAGACGAGAUCAGUCUAUGAGAGCCACACUGGAGCUCAUAUGGCGAAGCUAUUGUUGGAUGCUGUGGAAGAAUGGCAGCUAGCAGGGAAAGGUGUUGUGCUGGUGACGGACAAUGCCGCCAAUAUGUUAUGUGCUGCUGAAAUUGGAAAGUUCCCCCAUGUCAAGUGCUUUGCCCAUACGUUGAACCUCGCUGCACAGCGGGCGCUUAAACUACCAACGGUAGCCAGGCUUCUGGGAAGAGUCCGACGUAUCUCAGCAUACUUCCAUCGCAGCACAAAGGCUCUGCACCUAUUUGAAGAAAACCAGAAAGUUGUUCUCAAACUGAAAACUCCACUCAAACUGAUAACUGAUGUCAGCACAAGGUGGAACAGUGCACAUGACAUGAUCGAGAGGUUCUUGCAACUACAAGCUGCAGUGCAUGCCACCCUGCUGUCACCUGCCUUGGAUGUGGAUGAGGAUGACAUUGUCACUCUCAGCAGAACAGAUCUGGCUAAUGCAGAGGAAGCAGUGAAGAUCUUGAAACCAAUGAAAGAGGCCACUCAGUUGAUGGAACAGGCACGCAAUCCAACAGUCAGCCUCAUUGCCCCACUUCACGCCCAAAUCCUCCAGCGCAUGGCAGACACUAUUGGAGACCCACCAGUGAUCCGUGAUGUGAAGACUGCCGUCAGAACAGAUCUCCUUAAGAGGUACAGCACUGAUGCAGAGAAGAAGAUUCUUCUUAGAUCCUCUGCCCUGGAUCCUCGCUUUAAGUUGCUUCCUUUCCUGCCAGAGGAGGAGAGACUGGAUGUCUACGCAGCAGUCACUUCAGAGGCUGCAUCCUUGGAGGAGGUGGAGGACAGAAGAAGAGGACGUGGGUCAGAAUCAGCCCCUGGAGGAACAGGAAGUUCAGGGACCCAGGAAGAGUUGCUGUCUGUGGAUGAUGAUGUGUCAGCAGGCCCCUCUGCUCCCAAGAAAAGGAGGACCACCGCAUCACUGCUUGAACGUUUGCUGGGAGAUUCAUUCAGUGGCAACCGUGAACCUGCAAUACAGGUCAAGACCCCCUAUGCAAAGGCGGAGGAGGAAAUGGACUUGUACUGUAAGUCUUCAUCUGUGGCUCUCAAGGAGGACCCCUUGGACUGGUGGCAUCGCCAUGCAGGCUCAUUUCCUAUCCUCUCAAGGUUGGCAAAAAAAUACUUGAGCAUCCCAGGGACAAGCGUGCCUGCAGAGAGAGUGUUCUCCACCACAGGAGAUAUUGUCACGGCAAAAAGAAGCACUCUCGACCCAGAGCAUGUUGAUCAGCUUGUGUUCUUACACGGCAACCUUGAAAUUCCAAAAUGCUGAACAGUGAGAAGUUAUGUAGGCUUAGGUCAAACUGUAUAUUUCCUCACUCUGAAACAGAUUGAU